CUCUCUUAGGUUUUAAGUCGUACCCAUUUUGAAGGACACAUUAGAUAUCACAGAAAGUUUCAAUUUUUCUAUUAGGUAUAUUUGAUCUUGAAGCCUUCAAGUUUCUGUCUUUUUUUUCUUCUUGAUUUGAAUAAAGUUUGAUGGGAGGAGGGAAUUCCAAAGAAGAGUCGUCAUCUCCAUCUUCAUCAUCAUGGGCUUCUCACCAAAGUUAUCCUCAAUAUGGACCUGAUAGCUACAACUAUCCUCCUCCACCCACUUAUACUCCCGCUCCUGCUCCUGCUCAUGCUCCUGCUCCUGCUCCAUCUCCGGCUUCCAGUUAUGGCCAUCAAUAUCAGAUGCCGUAUAGUCAAGAGGGCUAUGCAUCACAGCCUAAUUAUCCUCCACCGCCUUCACAGAGUCAUGAUGCUGACCGGAAGAAAUUUGAUCGGAGAUAUUCCAAAAUAUCGGAUAACUACUCUUCUUUACUGCAGGUGUCGGAGGCUCUAGGCCGUGCAGGUCUUGAAUCUUCAAAUCUAAUCGUUGGUAUUGAUUUCACCAAGAGCAAUGAAUGGACAGGGGCCAAGUCCUUCAAUAGGAAAAGCUUGCAUCACUUAAGCAAUACCCCGAAUCCAUACGAACAGGCAAUAACUAUCAUAGGAAGAACCUUAGCCGCCUUUGACGAGGAUAACUUAAUUCCUUGUUAUGGUUUUGGAGACGCAACAACUCAUGAUCAAGAUGUGUUUAGUUUCUAUCCAGAGGGUAGAUUCUGUAAUGGAUUUGAGGAAGUAUUGGCUCGUUAUAGAGAAAUUGUACCUCAGCUUAAGCUCGCAGGACCAACAUCUUUUGCCCCGAUCAUUGAAAUGGCAAUGACAGUGGUUGAGCAGAGUAGUGGCCAAUAUCAUGUGUUAGUGAUUAUAGCUGAUGGCCAGGUCACAAGAAGUGUCGAUACCGAACAUGGGCGGCUAAGUCCGCAAGAACAGAAGACGGUCGAUGCAAUUGUGAAAGCAAGUACCCUUCCUUUGUCAAUAGUCUUAGUCGGGGUCGGGGAUGGACCAUGGGACAUGAUGCAGGAAUUUGAUGAUAACAUACCUGCCCGAGCUUUCGAUAACUUCCAAUUUGUGAACUUCACAGAGAUCAUGUCAAAGAACAAAGACCAGUCUCGGAAGGAGACAGAAUUCGCGCUCUCUGCUCUCAUGGAAAUUCCUCCACAGUACAAAGCAACGAUAGAGCUUAACCUUUUAGGGGGAAGAAAUGGGACUAUCCCAGAGAGAAUCCCACUUCCGCCACCGGUGCAGAGCGGAUCAUCAUUCUCUAGUUCCAAGAUACCGAGUUUUGAACCGAGUGUACCUACCUAUCCAUUUGAGAGCAAGCAUAUGAGCAGUGGUGCAGACGAUAACCAGCUAUGUCCGAUAUGUCUGAGCAACCCGAAAAACAUGGCGUUUGGUUGUGGCCAUCAGACUUGUUGUGAAUGCGGACCAGAUCUUAAACAAUCUCCAAUUCAAUUGAAACCCAGAAUUCUCCGACCAAGAAUCACUAACAACAUAUCGAAACAAACCGAUGAAACCGAUCCUCGACCAUCAUCCUCGGCCGGUAAGGUCCAAAGGUUAGUACUUAACAACGAAGGUCGGACCAAACUAAACGCCGAUCCUGACCGUGAGUUCUAUUCAUACCCACGGUUCGUGAACCACGUAGACGAUGGUUUCAUAUCCUCCUUAACCGAACUAUACAGAAACCGGUUGAGACCCGGUUCGAUUGUACUAGACUUGAUGAGCUCAUGGGUUAGCCAUCUUCCAGAAGAAGUCAAGUACGAGAAAGUAGUGGGGCAUGGUCUUAACGCACAGGAGCUUGCACGUAACCCUAGACUCGAUUACUUCUUCCUCAAGGAUCUCAACGAAGAUCAGAAAUUCGAGUUCGAAGACAAGUAUUUCGACGCUGUUUUAUGUGCUGUCGGUGUACAGUAUCUACAACAACCCGAAAAGGUGUUUGCAGAAGUGUAUAGAGUGUUGAAACCGGGAGGUGUGUUGAUAGUGAGUUUUAGCAAUCGGAUGUUUUAUGAGAAAGCAAUUAGGGUUUGGCGAGAUGGAACCGAAUACAGUCGGAUCCAAUUGGUGGUUCAGUACUUUCAGUCUGUUGAAGGGUUUACUCAGCCGGAGAUCAUCCGGCAACAGCCUGGAGCUCAGAUAUCGGUUAUGACUCGGCUUAUGGGUUUUAUUGGUUUAGCUUCUAGGCCCGAUCCUUUUAAUGCUGUCAUUGCUUAUAAGAAUUUCAAACCUAUUUAUGAGUAACACAAAAAAAAAUGUAUAUAUACUGUACGUAUUGGAUGGGAAGUUUGAAAGGGAAAUAAGUAAAAGAAAAAGAUUGGAACUAG